CAACCUUCUUCUCCUCUGAUUCGCCACUUUUUCUCUGUUUGUGCCCUUUUUUUGCUUACAUAUUAUCGUCGCUAUGGCUGCCUCCAGCUCUAACGAUGGGAAUGGACUCAACCACAUUAAGAAUGAGACUGUUGAUAUGGUCCAAAUUCCAAUGGAGGAAGUAUUUGAGCAGCUGAGAUGUACGGAACAAGGUCUAACUUCAGAGGAAGCUGCAUAUAGGCUUCAGUUGUUUGGACCCAACAAGCUAGAAGAGAAAAAGGACAGCAAGCUUCUCAAGUUUCUAGGGUUCAUGUGGAAUCCACUAUCAUGGGUCAUGGAGGCAGCUGCUCUCAUGGCCAUAGCUCUUGCAAAUGGUGCCGGCCGUCCUCCAGAUUGGCAGGACUUUGUCGGGAUAGUGUGCUUGCUCUUUAUCAACUCCACCAUUAGUUUUAUCGAAGAAAACAACGCCGGAAAUGCAGCCGCGGCCCUCAUGGCUGGAAUUGCUCCCAAAACCAAGGUGCUGAGAGAUGGCCGAUGGAGCGAGCAAGAUGCUGCAAUUCUUGUUCCAGGGGAUAUAAUCAGUGUUAAGCUUGGGGAUAUCAUACCGGCUGAUGCGCGUUUACUUGAGGGUGAUCCGUUGAAGGUUGAUCAGUCUGCUCUAACAGGAGAAUCGAUUCCGGUCAGUAAGAAUCCAGGGAAUGAAGUUUACUCGGGAUCGACUUGUAAACAAGGAGAGAUAGAAGCAAUCGUGAUCGCCACUGGCGUUCAUACCUUCUUUGGUAAAGCUGCUCAUCUCGUCGACAGCACGAAUCAAGUAGGACACUUUCAGAAAGUUCUUACCGCCAUCGGAAACUUUUGCAUCUGUUCAAUUGUUGUUGGAAUCAUCAUAGAGAUAAUAGUGAUGUACCCGAUACAGCAUCGAGAUUAUAGGGAAGGGAUAGACAACUUACUCGUUCUGUUGAUAGGAGGAAUCCCCAUUGCUAUGCCCACUGUCUUGUCUGUCACCAUGGCCAUCGGUUCCCACAGGCUUUCUCAGCAAGGUGCCAUUACAAAGAGGAUGACAGCCAUCGAGGAAAUGGCGGGCAUGGAUGUGCUGUGUAGUGACAAGACGGGAACUUUGACUCUAAACAAGCUUACAGUUGAUAGGGACCUGAUAGAGGUGUUUGCCAAAGGUGUGGAUAGAGAACAUGUCAUCCUUUCGGCGGCAAGGGCUUCAAGGACUGAGAAUCAGGACGCCAUUGAUGCUGCAACUAUUGGGAUGCUUGCAGAUCCUAAAGAGGCCCGGGCUGCUAUUCGAGAGGUUCACUUCUUUCCUUUCAACCCUGUCGACAAGAGAACUGCUUUGACCUAUAUAGAUUCCGAUGGAAACUGGCACCGAGCAAGCAAAGGUGCUCCAGAGCAGAUUCUAAAUCUCUGCAACAGCAAGGAGGAUAUCAGAAGGAAGGUUCAUUCAGUGAUCGAUAAAUUUGCUGGACGAGGGUUGCGGUCUCUGGGUGUUGCAAGCCAGGAAAUUCCCGGGAAGAACAAGGACAGUCCCGGUGGCCCAUGGCAAUUUCUAGGCCUGUUGCCUCUCUUCGAUCCUCCUAGACACGACAGUGCUGAAACGAUUAGAAGGGCGCUUCACCUUGGCGUUAAUGUCAAGAUGAUAACCGGGGAUCAGCUAGCAAUUGCCAAGGAAACUGGACGCAGGCUCGGGAUGGGAACGAACAUGUACCCUUCUUCCACGUUUCUCGGACAAGACAAAGAUUCCUCUGUCGCAGCCAUCCCGAUCGAUGAGUUGAUCGAGAAGGCCGAUGGAUUUGCGGGAGUUUUUCCAGAACACAAGUAUGAGAUUGUUAAUAGGCUUCAACAGAGUAAGCACAUAUGUGGUAUGACUGGAGAUGGUGUGAAUGAUGCCCCGGCACUUAAGAAAGCAGAUAUCGGUAUUGCUGUUGCCGAUGCUACAGAUGCAGCUAGAAGUGCUUCCGACAUUGUUCUUACCGAGCCCGGGUUGAGUGUUAUCAUCAGUGCAGUACUCACAAGCAGAGCCAUAUUCCAGAGAAUGAAAAACUACACAAUUUAUGCAGUGUCGAUCACUAUACGGAUCGUGUUUGGCUUCAUGUUCAUUGCCUUGGUAUGGGAGUUUAACUUUUCUCCCUUCAUGAUCCUCAUCAUUGCCAUCCUAAACGAUGGAACAAUCAUGACCAUAUCAAAGGACAGAGUGAAGCCAUCUCCACAGCCUGACAGUUGGAAACUCAGAGAAAUCUUCUCGACCGGGAUUGUGCUCGGAGGCUACAUGGCCGUGAUGACAAUCGUGUUCUUCUGGACGAUGAGAGACACCAAAUUCUUCACCGAUACGUUUGGGGUCAGGCCCUUGAAGAUCAAUUCACAGAAAAUGACAUCAGCACUGUACCUGCAAGUCAGUAUUAUCAGCCAAGCUCUCAUCUUUGUGACGAGGGCUCGUAGCUGGUCCUACGUAGAACGCCCUGGACUCCUCUUACUCGGCGCUUUUGUUGUAGCUCAGCUGAUAGCGACAUUAAUAACUGUGUACGCGAACUGGAGCUUUGCUCACAUACAAGGAAUAGGAUGGGGAUGGGCAGGAGUGAUAUGGCUAUACAGCCUUGUAACGUACAUCCCUCUCGACUUUCUCAAGUUCGCCAUCCGCUACGUCCUCAGUGGCAGAGCUUGGAACAACCUUCUUCAGAACAAGACGGCUUUCACGACAAAGAAAGACUAUGGGAUCGAGGAGAGGGAAGCACAGUGGGCUGCAGCUCAGAGAACCAUCCAUGGCCUCCAAACCCUAGACACCGCCAUCUUCCCUGAAAGGAACAGCUGCCAUGAACACUCUGAGAUCGCUGAGCAGGCCAAGCGCCGUGCUGAAGUUGCCAGGCUGAGAGAGCUGCACACGCUGAAGGGUCACGUGGAAUCGGUAGCGAGGAUGAAAGGAAUCGACAUCGACGCGAUUCAGCAGCAUUACACAGUUUAAGGGCGGGAAAGACAGAUAACCAACAGUAUGUUUCAUUGGUUUUUGUCUCGAACUAAGAGUAGUUUAAAAAACCCUACAACAAAUAGUUUGUAGAAGAAGAAGAAGAAGAAGGUAUAAUCUUCCUUUUCAAGGAUCCGUUUUUGUAACGUUGAGUUUUUUCACAUGAGAGUUUUAUUUUACAAUGCAUGCACAAGGCAUUGCUACACUUCCUUUUAUUAAUUAGUCUAAGGUUUCAUAAUUCA